UAGGAGCGCAGCGUGCGUGCGUGAACGUGCGUGCGUGCGUGCGCGCGCGCGUCGCUUGGCAGUGUUACGCAAGCCUCUCUGUACAGAGACAACAAUGUCGGACGCUGCUGCUACACGAAGCGCAGGAGAGCCAGGAUUAAACGGCUCGUGGGUGGAACUGGAGAUGAACAGCAACUCAUCAGCGUCGUCGCAGGCCGCCGUCACGGGCACGCCCGUUCUGGCUCAGGUCGUCGAAGAGGACGACGGGAUGGUCGGAGGUCUGGAACACGUGCCUUCUUCUUCCUCCAUCCAUAACGGAGACAUGGAGAAGAUCCUGCUGGACGCACAGCACGAGUCCAGCCGCAGCAACUCGUCCUGCGACAGUCCACCACGUCCUCACAGUCCUCAGGAGGAAGGUCAGAUCAGCUUUGAGGUGGACCGAGGAGAAAACCAGGAGUCACUGGAGAAGUUGAGGGAUGAUGAGAUUCUGAUGAAGGACUCAGACUGGGUGGCCGACUGGUCCAGCAGACCUGAGAAUGUCCCUCCGAAGGAAUUCCAUUUCCGGCACCCUCGCAGAACUGUGAUGCUCAGCAUGCGGAAAACCGGAGCCAUGAAGAAAGGAGGGAUUUUCUCUGCCGAGUUCCUCCGAGUGUUUCUCCCCUCACUGCUGCUUUCACACUUACUGGUCCUGGGACUCGGGGUGUAUAUUGGGAAAAGGUUGACGACGCCCCCCACCAGCUCCUUUUAAGCGUCGGAUGUGAAUCUGAUCCUCAGCCGUUACGUUUUGUAUCGUUGAGAAUGUUGCUGUUUGUACAAGAUGCCUGGCCGCUUUCUCGCCCCAAAAUCCCCCCCAUGUUCCUCCAUCUCUCCCUACAUCUCUUGUUACAAUAGAUUUCUGCAUUACCCAUUUUCUGCUUGGCCUGGAACGUGCCAUAAAAGACCAGGAGACAGAUAAAUUCUCGAUUUCUUCUCCGUUCUCUUAUGGUUUUUUCUUCUGUUCUCGUGUCCUGAGCGAUCAGAGUCGUACGUUUCAGUGUUGUGAUACAGGGCUGGAUUCUGAAACCUCGGUAAGAAAGGAACGAUGCGAUCAGAGAAAUAUUUAUAAUCUCUAUAAUCGUAAUUUUAGAGCUCGACGUGUUUUGGAUUUAUUUCAGCAUUUUAAUUCGUUUCUUGUGUAACUACAUUUUCCGGACUCGUUUUUACAGCGCAGUGAUUAAAACAUUUUCAUUUCUCAUUAGAAUACGCGCAUUUAUACUUAUAUACGCUAAGCCAGUGUUUAUGUCAAGUAAAAAUCCCUUUCAUUAUAAUUAAAUCAUCAAAACAAAAAAAAAACCCUCACGACAACUUUUUACCUAUUGAGUAUUUUAUAAGGAUGAAAUACAGAGCAAUACUCCAGCAAUAUUAAACCGGACCAACAGGUGGCGCCACAGUGCCGCUGUAAACGCUGUCCGAAUUAAACUUUAAAUAAAUAUGAAACAAAUUUAGUUUUUUGUUGUUUUUUUUUUUUUUUUUGUUGUUUUUUUUUUUUUACCCGGAUGAAACACUGUACUUUAUUUGUAAGACCCAGAGUUGUCCAGAGUAGGCGAGACCUGUUACAUGUGAAGUGUGCAAACCUUAUUGUGUUAUUGAUGUAUUUAAUUCUGUCUGACAGCAGAUUGUGUGGCAGAUGUGGAAAAUGAGUGACAUUCGUCUCGUCUCUUGUCUGUUUGUGUUCAUUUGGUUUGUUUGUUUUUUUUCCUCCUGAAAAUAUUGCGAUUUGGCGCAAAAAAAAAAAAGAAGAAGAAGAAGAAGCAAUUAAACAAAAUUUCGUUAUUCAGUUCUUCUGCAUUACAGAUUAUAUUCUGAGAUUAUUAUUCAUAGAUGAUCUCCAGCAUGUCUUUUAAUCCUCAGCCAUCAGGCUUCCUCUUAGAAAUCAGAGAGAAAUUUCCAGAUCAGGAAUUUAUAUAAAAUAUAAAUUCUAUAAAAAAAAAUAACAGAUUUUGACAUUAAACAUAGAGUAAAAAUUUGACAUUUCAUUUUCUGAUCUUCAGCCCAUCAACUUCAUCUCAUUUUUAAUUAUCUUUCGAUCUGAUUGAACGUUAUUUCCAGAUCAUUAACUUUUAAAAUUGUGGGUUGUGAUGAUUAAUAAAAUAAAAAAUAUAAAUACAGAA